AUGCUUGCCAUCAGUAAUGUGCCUGAUGUUCAACAAAGAUUACCUGCGUCUUCUAACCUAAUAGCAACCUUUUACAACGCGUCUGGCCUGAAUAAGAUUUUUUUUUACACAACACGGAACAAUAACCUCAUAUGGUCACGUCCGGUUUACGGCAUAAGAACGCUGAAAAGUGUCGAAAGGGUUGGAAAUGUAAAAAAAAAACAGUUGAAUGAGAUUUCUGGUUUGACCAGUGGUCAGUUACAUUUUAAGUUUUCAAGAAAAGCCAUUCGAAAUGGAGCUUCACUCUUUGGCGCAAAAGAAGGAAAAAAUAUUAAUAAGAAAGAAAAAAGUUUUGAUGAUUCAAUGAGUUUGAAAGAAACGAAUCAUUUGAAAAGAAUAGAGGUUUCUAUUGGGGAGAGUUGA